AUGACUUUGACAGAUAGGGUAGCAGUAGUCAGCGGGUCUUCGUCAGGGAUUGGGGCAGCAAUUGCUCAAGAGUUGUCAAAGCGCGGGGCCCGAGUAGUCAUUAACUACCCAUUCGAAGCUGAAAAACAAAGAGCCGAAACCGUACAAUCUACGCUGGCGAGAUCCACCGAAUCCAUCAUUGUCGAAGCCGAUCUGUCAACAACCACUGGCCCCACCAAAUUAGUGGAAGCGGCCGUUGCAGCUUUCGGAACAAUCGACAUACUUGUCAACAACGCUGGCAUCGUUGUACCUGCUGACAUGGAAGAUGGAGAUGAAGAACGACUCCUCCGGGCGUGGGAUGCCACAGUCAAUCUCAACGGCCGGGGAACGUUGUUGCUCACUCAUGCGGUUUUGCAGCAUCUAUCCAAGAACAAUUCGCGGAUCAUCAACAUAUCUAGCAUUAGCACUCGCGAUCCGGAACCCUUUGCUCUUAUUUAUGGCGCCACCAAAGGCAUGGUUGACAGCUUCACCAGGACCUGGGCUCGAUACCUGCCCCGCAAAUAUGGAUGCACCGUCAAUGCUGUGGCCCCGGGGCCUAUCGGGACAGAAGCGCUUCUUACCGCUCCUCUGCCUCUACAGGAUUCGGUGCGGGAGACCUACGAGCGAACACCUAUAGCGCCCCGGAUGGGCACAGUAUCAGAGGUUGCCUGGACGGUAGCUAUGUUGUGUGAGGAAGAGGCCAGCUGGUUGAAUGGGCAGUACAUUCACGUCGAUGGAGGACUUAUACUAUUCUGA